CAGCGGCAGAGUCUCCCGCGGAAGGAUGUGUAGAGGAGGGCAGACCGGACGCUGUACCUCAAGUUCUUGUGGUUAUGAAGGCGCUCACAGGACAUGACGAACGCGGCGGCGUAUCCCUCACGUCAGUCGAUGUCCAGGCUUGAGUGUCUCUCAUUGGUACUGCGAGUGCGUUCGGUGUUUCAGUGACUAAAUAAGGACAACGCUAACUGUGAUACAGCAAAUAAUCUUUUCUUUUCAAUAAUGAACCGUGAUAGAAUAUCACUGAAAAUGUUGCAUAAACUGUUUAUUGCAUAAAUCUUGCCUGUAACCACAGAGCAGAAAUACGGAGUGCAGUUGGCUGCAUUUUUCAACGGUGGCUUCUUAGGAGUUAGAAAUUUACCAUCAUGACCACCUUCAGACUCACAACCACUUUGUGUUUUCUCAGCGUUGUUCAAGCUGUUGCAGGUGUAUGGACAGGGGACUGCAAGGGCCGAAGCAGGACAGAAGUUGACGUGGAAAACUGGCCCGUGAACGUGGCCAUCAAAACACCAGACGUCCCCGGAGCAAUUUUUACACUCAUUCUCAGCCAAGGGCGCGUUCCUGUGGCCAAUCUCACCUUCACUCAUUCAUCUUCGCACAGCGACAUAGUGAUGAUGAACUUGGAAAUAAAGUUCCAGCAAACGCCAGCUUCCUCUCUCCUGGUUUUCUUCGCGUCCAACACCUGGAACACCGUCGUCCUCGACUGGCAGAGGAAGAGCUCGAAGCUGAUGCUCUCGCUCUCGGCCCCGACGGGAAGAGUCAGUUACUCGAUCGAUUCGGUAUUCGACGUCGAUCUCAGUCAGGUGGAUCAUGUGGCAGCCUCUUGCAUUAGGACCUGCGUGGUCGAUGUCGAUCUGGAAUGUCUUGCUGGGUCUCCGGCAAACGAGGUGGCGUCGCGCCUGAUCCCUACGGAGUCGUACAGCCACAUGGGAGCAACCAGCAGCAUCACAUGGGCAGUUGCGGUGCUCUUCGUGUUCAUGGGCGUCGCGGUGGUGCUGUUCCUGGCCUGGCGCCACCAGCACAACAAGGUCAAGAUCCAGGCUCACGACGUCACCGCGCGGAAGAGGAACACGGAGAGCAUGAUCAGCAAUGGCCCUGACGUGACUCAGAUCAGCGUAGCUCAGCCGAGGCUGCAGUACUCUUCCAUCCUCAUGAGUUAUGACGGCCCUUACAGCGGAAGUGAUGAGGAGUCGUCGCAAGGCGCCGCGUGUGGCGGUGCGCUUCCCAAGACGAGGAAUGACUAUCUUCGGAGCGGCCAGGCUUGUCGCUUGUGAUGACCAGUGUGAUGGCUGUUCUGCGGCGCGGGAAGAGAGAUCUGCUUCGUGUGUGCAUGCAAAUGUGUUCGUGCGUUUGUUAUACAAACAGUAUAUUCCAUAAAAUCAUUCUGUAUCUUGAGUCUUCUUCGACGGACGUCAUUUAUGCAAUAACCAUUUAUAGAGCCAACACGAUCUAUUUGUGUGAUAAAAAUGUCAUUAAAAGUAGCUUUCGCAUUAUUGCUCAUGCAAUGUAAGCACACUUUCACAGUACAAUUUUUGUUUAUGACCAUUUCAGUUAAAGGUUACUGAAAUACAAUAUGAAGUGGAAAUAUAUACACAUAAAUCAUUCCAUUAUCGUAACAAAUAAUGAAAACAGGCUUUGUAUUUCUCAAUAUUUGAGAACAAGUAAACUUCAUAACACAGAAAUUAAUUUCACAUAACUGCUGAUCAGUGAUCAUGUUAAUGAAGCGAACCGGUUCGCAGAGUCGGACAUGGUACCGGGACGGACUCGAAUAGAUGGCUCUGGCGCAGCGGAGGCGCGGAAGUGCAAGUGUAAUGUCAAGGAAGAAUAAUUUAAUGUUCGAAUAUCGAAUAAGUCGUUCCUCGACGGUUCUAUGCAUAUCUAUAUCGAUUUAUCUAUCUAUCUAUAUAGAUAAACAUAUAUACAUACGUACAUAUAUAUGCAUAUAUAUAUAUAUAUAUAUAUAUAUAUAUA